GCAAGAUAUACCAUUGGCCAAGCUUCCUUAUUUCGUUCAAAUAUCCCAUGAAUUGGAGUCUCCAUUUAUUAUGGAAAGUUCAAUUACUUACGAAAAUGAAAAAGAAAUUAGUGAAGCAGUAUCUUUUGGAAUCAUGAUUGAUGAGAGCACAGAUAUUUCUAUAAACAAGCAUUUAGUUAUUUAUGUAAUAUAUCCAAAUAGCUCGGAGAUACGUUUAAAAAAAUUAAAAGAAGUUCGAUGGUUUGGCUGGUAUAAUGCUGUCAAAAAUUUUGUCAAAACAUUACCUGCUGUACUUUCACAACUCAAAACUAAUGAUA